AGAUACUACUAUCUAUGCUCAAGACCAAAUUAGUGAAGAUAUUAUCUAAUAUUCUCAGAAGCGUAUUGAAGUUUAGGAUCAAGACUAUUACAGUCUAUGCUAUUGGAAUGUGUACAACCUCAGAUGAUCUAAACUGCCAGUAUUAUUAUCGUAAAGUAGCCUGUGAUGAAAGAUUACCUCUUUCAACUAUUGAUGUCUGCUCUUGCUUUAUAAAAUUAUAUUCUAAGGCUGAAAAAAGUAGUUUAGAAUUCUACUUAAAUGAAUGUGAGCUUGAAAGCAAAUUGAACAUACCCUUUCACUGUAUAUUCAAGUAUUAUAAAGAAGCAUUAAAGGAGACAAAUGCUAUAAUGGCCAAGCAGAUGCGUGAAGUAGCUGAAUAUUUUAUUAUUAAUACUAUUAGCUGUCAGUGGUUAAUAGUAAAGCGUAAUGUAAUUAAUGAGUAUAGGGAGAUUGCAAGUAUAGCCUUUUUAUCAUUAUUUGAUGUACAUUACUUUGCAGGGGAGAUAAAGCAAAUGGAAACUGGAAAGUACCCUGAUACAUACGUCUUCUCACCAAUAAAGGGACUUGAAAAUAAACAUCCAGUAACUGGCUUAGAUUUCGCAUCAUUAUAUCCAAAUCUUAUUAUGACUUAUAACCUCUCACCUGAUAAAAUCAUUUUAUCUCGAAAAUAUGCUGAACAUAAUAACAUUUCUGAAGAAAAGGGUCUUUAUGCUACUAUAUUGGAAUAUUUAUCUGCCAAACAGAAUGAGAUAAAGAAAUACCCCACCUCUUUGAAAGAAAAAAAGGAAGACAUGGAACUGGUAAUAGGUUUAAUUAGUGUCACAUCAGUUGGACAAAGAAAUAUCAAACUUGUUGCAGAUUUCAUUGAAAGUAAGGGUUUUCAGAAAAAAUAUGAAGAUACUGAUUCUUUAUAUCUAGUCUAUCCAGAAGAAUGCUUUAAGGAAUGCGAUGAGGAAUAUGACAGUGGUAUUGGGUUUUCGAAAGAAGAAUAUUAG